AUGAUUCAGCUGAACCUCCUGUUGCUUCUCCUGUUGAUUGGCGGUAUCGUCAUCCCGUCAAGCUACUGGGUCAGUGACAAUGGCAGCGCCCAGGGUUUCUCUGGAGUCUUAAUAAACGGCACGAGGGAUCUGUGCGCUGGGAUACAGCUAGACUUCGACAACCAGACGUAUGACUGUAACACAAACUACACGGUCAAGAUACAGCAGGAACGGCAGAUACCCGCUGCCAUAGAAAGUGAGAGCUACCUUGAAACAAAAUACAAGAAGUGGUAUUCUGCUCGUCCAGUCACCUCCUUGGUCAUGCAGGGAAGCAGCACCGUCAACAACAUCGUGCAGACUUUAAGUCCGUGGGGCGGAAUUCUGAAGAGGAUCGAGGGAAGGCACGGAGCAAGCGUUGUUGCCGUCUUUAACUUCCUGCGUGACAUGAUUCAGCUGAACCUCCUGUUGCUUCUCCUGUUGAUUGGCGGUAUCGUCAUCCCGUCAAGCUACUGGGUCAGUGACAAUGGCAGCGCCCAGGGUUUCUCGUGGAGUCUUAACGGCACGAGGGAUCUGUGCGCUGGGAUACAGCUAGACUUCGACAACCAGACGUAUGACUGUAACACAAACUACACGGUCAAGAUACAGCAGGAAGUAGAUAAGAGCGCACAUGAUUUCAUCAGCCUAGUGGGCGACUUUCUUCAGGGAACAGGCUUCCUCGAGUGGACCUACCUUUUCAGCGGCAGAUACCCGGCUGCCAUAGAAAGUGAGAGCUACCUUGUGAGCCUGGCCUACAUCCUCACGAUACUCGUGGUCUAUUUCAUCUCCAUCGUGUACGUAGUCUAUUUCGUCGCCAAGUUCCUGCGUCAAUCCUCUGUCUCCCAGGCAGAUUACGGUAUGACCUUUUCGAAGAUCGUCUUCACCGGCUGGGACUUCGCGGUGACCGAGGAAGACGCCGCAGAAAUCGAAAGAAAUCUCGUAGUGUGCGAAGUAAGAACAGCCUUUGAUGACGUCGACUACAGGAGUAAGCAAAUGAGUCUCACGAGCAGCGAUUUAAUCAAAAUCUACCUAACCCGUUUUAUUAUCAAUGUGAUAACCCUUUCACUGAUCAUUGGCGGUUGGGUCGCAAUAUAUUUCAUGGUUAUUGAGCAGCAAAAUCAUGUGACUGGCACUGAAUUUGAACAGUUUUUGUGGGAAUAUGCCCCAACUAUUCUGGUGUCGGUUUUCAAUUUUAUCUAUCCUCUACUUUUUGACUUUGUGGUAAAAUUCGAACAUUACACCGGGAGACACGAACUUUUACUUACACUCGGUCGGUGCGUGUUAGUUAGGCUCACGUCCUUAGGCAUCCUCGUUAUUACUACCCUAGGUGUCAUAUCCUCCGAGGACCGAAACUGCGAAAUAGAAAGCGAAUAUAUCUGCUGGGAGACACGCAUGGGGCAGCAGGUCUACUCCGUGUUGGUGCUCAACGCUAUCAUUGAUUUCGGCAUGACCUUCGUCGUCAACGUGGCUCGGCGGGGACUCUGGAGGUUCGACAACAAGAUUUGCAAAACGGUCGGGCGACUUGAGUUUUAUGUGCCCGGACACGUUCUGGAUGUAGUGUACGCACAGACGCUCUGUUGGAUUGGGAUUAUCUACGCGCCUCUGCUAGCUGGUGCUGUUCUGAUCAAUUUCUGCUUCAUGUUCCUCCUGAAGCUGUUCACUGUUACCGUGACCUGCUUUCCGGCAAACAGAGUGUUCCGGGCCUCACGGUCCUCGGCCAUGUUUAUGACUAUUCUCUCUCUCGCCCUCCUCAUGUGCGUCGUGUCCACCGGCUUGGCUCUACUGCUCAUCAAGCCGUCACUGGCUUGCUCGCCCUUCAGAGGUCUAGACUACGCCUGGGAAGCCUUGACCUACUACAUCUGUCAUUUGGAAAGCUCGUCUGACAGCUGGAUCAGAGUUGUGCUGUUCACGCUGGACGACAUUGCUGCAGCAGUGGUUCUUCUAGUCGUGGUGGUUCUCCUGGCAACUUAUUAUAUAUCUCUCGUUAAAGCUCGAGGCUCUCUUAUCAGAAGACUCGAAGACAAACUCAAGAUUACAACUAAAGAGAAAAACUACCUCAUGAAACAAUACAAUCGUUUAUCACCUAGUGGCACAAGGAAUUAGUCUGAGUAUCUAGUCAGUGUUUCAGAAUUUUGCAGAUAGCUUGCAUUUUCAAAGAUCAUGGGGCCUUUAUCACCUCCACGAUGGAGUUGGCAAGCGAAUCACCAUGAAUAUCCACACGUGGAUUUUAUUUGACUUCUCCAAUUUGUGUUUCAUAUCAAUUAUAUUAAUUCUCGAACAAAUUGGCCAUUUCUCCUAGGCCUUCACGUAACGGGUUUAACAUAAAAAAAAUAUCUUCAGGUUGUUUCCUGAAAUUAUUGUAAUGUAAAUCCAAUGCCGCGGAGUAAUCUGAAGGAACAAACCAUCGUUGAUGCUACUGUGAAGAAUUCGGUUAAAGUAUACAAAAGAACCGCACCGACUAGGAAAAAAUUAAGAUCAUAGCGUUGUAAGCAAUGAAAAACUACAUUGACUGAUAUCAAAAUUAAUUUGCAGAAGCCCACCGAUUCCAGUUAAACGACGAAAAUGCGUUGUAGGCAACGCCGCACUGCGGUAAAGUCCACUCGGCGUUGACGCGGUUAAGUCCAUACGUGACCUAAUGUUUACUAAGUUCUCGGCGGAACCCCCGAUAGGGAAAUACGGCGAUCGGGUGGGUUGGGUUAGGUUAGGUUAGGUCAGGUCAGGUUCGAGCCCGUAACACCGAUUCGAAUCUACUACUUUCUCUAUCAUGUAAAUUACGAUUCUUGGCUCGGGUUUUUUAUUUUUCUACUUUCUUUAUAAUUUAAAUUACGAUUCUUGGCUCGGGUUUUUCAUUUUUCUACUUUAUCAUUUAAAUUACGAUUUUUGGCUCGGAUUGUUGGCUGGAGUUCGGGACUUUGUCUCUGACGGGUGCGGUCUUUUUAUAAACAUUUACCAAGAAUUCUUCCAAUCACUCUCAGCAAAAAAUAGUAGAGGUCAUUUGGUUGGUUCUAUCUCUCCAGUAAACUCUUUGACACAUAUAUUUCCUAAAAAUACUGUUGAGAAUCCGUGUGUAUGGGAGAGUUAAUCAUAAAUAUAUAGAAAUGAAGUCCCUAGUCACGCUAUUAACUGAAAUUCAGUUAAUUUUGGAAAUGCUAAUGUCCUUUCAACAAUGUUUUAUCCUUUAAGUAAAGUAAUAAACAUGCUUUUCAUAUAUAAAUCAGAUCUAUUUGUUUCUGUUUCUUGAUUUUUGAGAUAACAAAUGUGACGUCAACACCUUUAAGAUCUAUGCGUUUAUCAUUAUCAUUCUUGAAACUAACAAAAGCACAUACAUAAACAAUAUGGCUUCUGGCAAGCACUGUCUAUACCACUUUCUAAAUCGGUUGGAAGUGGUUCUAAUUGUUUUCUUCACCGAUUAUCUAUAAUGACUUUUGUGUUUUGCAUAUUCUCUUUCCUUAUUUAAAAAUCGGUAUUCUGGUUCGUUUAGCUAUCUACGUGGAGGAUGUUUUAGGGCAACAAUUCACUUCUUGCUAAAAAGUUUCAGUGUUUCUGUUAUAUUAUUUUCUUCAGUGGUUUCAUGGAAUCUUACGGCUGUAUUGAAUAUUAAAAUUUCUUCAUUCACAUCUAUCUGCCAUUUUUCGUAAUUUACCAUCGAAACGUAUCGUUUUCAUUGUAUUACUGAAUGUGUUUUGCAGACGUGACAUUUGUGACUGCACACCACAAUUCUGUCUUUAUUGCAUGUUACUAGUGGAGCGGUCCUCUUUUUAACUAACUUUCUAUUCUUUGCUCUUUCGUUGUGCUUUCCUGCUGGUUCAGAGAUAUCGUUUGUCUUUUGUUUGGUAGUCGCUGAUUCUUACGAACCUGUCUGAUCUGAUGCUUCUGCGCCAUGUGUUAUGUCACACUAUACCUUUUAUUGAUAUUUACUUCUUUCGAAACUUUUUUACUUGGUUUAUUAUUGAAAAUAGUAUGUAUUUUUUAUAUAUAGGGACCAAGAGUAUCUCAUGAACAAGGCCUUUUCAAUGGGACGUAACAAUUUCUACUGCAAAAGCCCGUGGUUAUCUUAACGAAAACCAAACUGAUAGGCUGGUAUCAAAUAUUAUUUCCAAGGUGUCAUUUUGAGAAUGAAUUAAAGUACCAUUCAUUGUAUUUUAUAUAGAGGUUUAUAAUUGCGGGCCAUUCAUGGUAUAUCUAAGGCCAGUCCAUAUUUUAUAUUUACUCCAUAUACAUGUUUACUACUGAUAUAUAUAUAUCCUGUUAAAUACCUGUAUUAUGAAAAUGUUACAUUAAAAAUGCUUAGAAAUACAUUAAAUUAUCAUCA